CAGUACUACUAGUCUGGCAACUCUUGAUGUGUGCAACAAAAAGCAAAAUGGUUGUUCUUUAUUCUGAAGGAGGAGGAGAAAUAUAAUAUAAAAAGAAAGAAUUGAAAAUACACCACAGUCCAGUCUAGCAAUUAUUGAUAAAAAUUUUAAUAGAUAUUUUAUUUGUGUUUACAACCGUUUGUGUUUUUAGAUAUAAUUUUUAAGAGCAAAGUUCGCUGAAUUCUACAGCAAAUGUCAUCAGGCGUGUCAGAUCAGAUGAAAGUACCCGGAAAUACAGCAAAAAAUGUUGAGGAGCGCAAUAUACCAUGGAGCCAGCAAGUGGAUGAAGCUGCUUCUUAUGAAAAUUUAGCUUCUCCGAUCAACGAAGAAAAUUCCUCUGCUGCCAAUCAAAGCUCCUCUUCUAUGCAGUUUCAAUAUCCACCAUUCAAUGCAAAAGAGAAUCAAAGCAACUCUGCACCAUGGGGCAAUUAUAAAUCUCGCAAAUCAAGCACUCAAUCUUCAACAUCUAAUUAUGACAACAAUAAGAAAUAUAAUAAGCCUGCUUUUUAUAACAACUCAAAAAGAGAUGAUUAUCAACCCAAUGCUUGGGGUACUAAUAAUUCCCGUAGAUCCGAUAAUGUAUCAGGAAAUUAUAACCGGGCGAGACAUGAGGAAAGUGGUCGAUACGAUAACUACAAUUCGGAGAAAUUGGACAAUAGACCUAGCGCAAACAAUGCGCCAGAUGAGAAGAAAACAAGCACAGCACCAGCUGCUGCAGCACCUAAAAAGACUACUUGGGCUUCUAUUGCUUCACAACCUGCUAAGCUCACAUCAAGAACUACACUUACAACUUCCAGCCACAAAAAGAAGGGUCCGGGCAUGCCACCUCCACCAAUGGUACCAGGAAAACACAAUUUGGACGUGAAUACUUGGGAUUUGCCAAACAAUAAUCCGCCUCCUGUGCCGUCGCCUCCACCUCCUAUUGAUUUGGGGUCAAACGAAAUCAAUUCCGAUUUUUCACCAGGAAUAGGCUCUGAUUUUGAUUUGGGAAGUCGUCCUGAUAAUAACAGUGGUCAUAAUAAAGGCCAAGACGUACUUCGAGAUGAAAACAAUAAGCAAAAUUACAACAGUAAUUUUGGGCGUGUACGAAGCUCACCAAAUGGUCAUUCGCGCAAAAAUUGGUCAACCCAACAUCCCUUGUAUCAGGGUGGACGACAGCCAAGCGGUGGAUCUUCUUCUGGACCCAUACGUCGUGGUGAGGCUCCCUCUAGCGUAGGAGAGAGUGGAAUAAGCGGCGGCGGUGGAGGUAGUGGUGGUGGUAACGUCUCAAGCGCCGGUCGCUAUGGGGAUCGUAGGAACAAUUACGCAUCUUCCAGGCAUGAACACGACAGUGGAUCUUUUGACUACCGCGAAGAAAGCAGUACUAGAAGUGUAGAGGCAAAUGACAGAGCUGCAGCCGUUGAAUCACCACAAGCUGUCUUAGAGGAACUUCGAGAUAAAAACAAUUAUAAUCCGGCUGAAAUUGAUUUAGAUCGAGCCACUUCAGCCAGGUUCUUUGUUAUUAAGUCGUACUCGGAAGUUGAUGUUCAUCGCAGUAUAAAGUAUGAAAUCUGGUGCUCAACUGAUCACGGAAACAAGAGACUUGAUGAUGCCUUUAAAGAACGCAGCAAGGAUGGAGGCAACAUUCUGCUCUUUUUUUCUGUGAAUGGCUCAGGCCAUUUUUGCGGUAUGGCUCAAAUGAUGACAUCGGUGGAUUACAACUCAACGUCAAGCGUUUGGUCGCAAGACAAAUGGAGAGGCAAGUUUAAAGUUAAGUGGAUAUAUGUAAAAGAUGUGCCCAACAAAGAGCUGCGCCACAUAACUCUCGAAAAUAACGAAAACAAGCCUGUAACAAAUUCUCGCGACACGCAGGAAGUUCCCCAUGCAAAGGGCAUUGAGGUGUUACAAAUUCUACAUACGUUUAAACAUAAGACCUCCAUAUUUGACGACUUCUACCACUACGAAAAGAAGCAAGAAGAGGAAAUGUCUUCAAAGAAACCCCCUGGUGGCUAUGAUGGCGGCCCCCCUACAACUAUUGGUCGUAAUUUCAACAUGCGCCAAAACGACGAUAGAGAUCGCGAUCGUGAUCGGGAACGUGACCGUGACCGAGAUGGUCGUGGUCUUGGUGGUGGCGGAGGUGUUCAAAAAUAUUUCGGGGAUAGUUCUUCAUUUCGAAGUGAGAGAAAUAACUCCUAUCGCGGUGGUUAUAAUACAUAUAAUGAUCACCGUCGUUUCGAUAGUCACCGAAGUGGUGAUCGUGGAGAUUUUAGAGACACAGAUGCCGAUCGAGAGAACAAUGAACAAUACAAUAAUUUAAGCCGACACAUGUCGAAAUACGAUUAUAAUCGUGGGCGAGGUGGAGACGAGCGAGCGCUGCCAAAACACAAUAAUCGGGAGCGGGACUUUCCGGAUGAACAGCACAUUAAAAGCGAGUCGUCACGUAUUCGCUCUGGACCAAGAGAAACUCAAAAAGACAACGAAUAUCCCAACUCGGACCGCAUUCGGGGCACUGACUACUGAUCAGUAUAAAAAGAUCAGCUAAAUUUUAUUGAUAACCAUAGAAGACAAACUAAUACAAAUAAACAGAUACACAUGCAUUCAACACACCGAUGUAUUUUUAAGUACAUGGACAUAAGAUGUUAAUGGGUACGAACCAGUAUGUAUUGCAUGCCCAACAUAAUCGAAAAGCAGUUCAGAGGAUAAUAAAUUGUUGAAUGCGCAAUGGAUUUGUGUUGUCGCUAUAACUUUUAUUUCAUUAUUUUCUAAUAAUUAUUAAUCACCACUUAUAAAAUAAUAAUAAACGGAAAUCAAUUUGCAGCAUUAUAUGCCUGAAACCAACAGCAAGAAGCAUCAAGUAUAAACACCAAUAACAAACAAUAUACAUAAAAUAAGCAACUGCUAAAGAAUUUUAUUAUGAUUACAAUUCAAAAAUAAAAAAAUAAAAACGAAAAAGAGAAACAAAAACAUGAAUAAUUCAAAUAUGCAUCUUUCUAGGGAUCUAUUAAAUGUAUUUUAAAUGCCGAUUUUUACUCCAUACCGUUGCAAUUAGUAAAGCAUCAAAAAUCAAUUUACGUUAAUAAAAAACAAAAAAUAAAAAUAUAUAUAAAUAUAAAUAUUAUAAAUAAAUAAAUAAACUAAUUAAUUAAUGAUUAAUUAUAAUAACGAUGAUUAUGAUAAACAAACAUUAAGAGAAAAAAUAAACAAACAUAAACAAAAACAAAAAAGAGAGAAACAAAACUAACGAUAAUAUUUUUACGUAAUUAUUUAUUAGUAUAUAAUGAUUAUUCUAAUUUUGAUCGAUUGAUUAAUUAAUUAUUAAUUGAAAAUAUAAGAGAGAAAACAAGAAAAUAAUAAUUUAAUUAUUGAUAAAUUUUCAAAGGUUUGCUAAAGUCAUUCCUUGUAGUUGCACUGUAAUAAAUAAAAAAGAACAUACAAAAAGAUAAAAAGUAACAAAA